CUCUCAUGAAGGAUUGAAUGAAGUGAAAUUCUGUCAAGAUGAAGAAGAACUUUUCCUUAUAGAAGUAGCAGGACCAACAUUCCAUGAGGAUGAAAAGAGACUGGUGAAAGCUCCUCAAAGGAAUGAAGCUUGCACUUGGUAUACUGGUUCCAAUUAUGUAUGUUGA